AAAAUCAGACGGAGUAUCAUCCCUUUCCUAGUUCCGCAGUUCGCCACUUCCCAUUUGUUUCUAGCAGCCGCGUGCUAAGGUUCUCCACUUCUCCUCCCUUCCCGGCUUCCCCAGUUGGAAACGUUUUAACGCUAGCCGCUGCCCGCUAGGUUCUCCCGAAACUUUCUUACUCUGCUCUCUCCGUCUCUCUAUGACUGUGGAUUCUUCAAGAGAGCAGCAACUUCUCCGGCGUUUCUAACAUUCUCAGAAAGAACUUCAACUUCAAGUUAUCCCAAUUUCAUGGUCACCUUCUCAAAAGUUUCAAGUUCAGCCCUCUCAACCUGGCAUAAAAUAUGAAGUUGCAGAAUAAGGUAGAUGACCCGUGAAUCAAAGGAAAGAGAGGUUAUGGAUGAUAAAUUUGUACCAGAGCUUUCUGUCCCCGAAAAUGUUACCAAAACAUUAUUACUUGUGUCAAACUCAGCUUCUUUAGAAAAGGCACUUGAGAAGCUGAUAGAAAUUGCCAAAGUUCCUGAUAGAAGGUUUGAUCUGUCCACUAAGAACGUUGUCACCGCUCUCCUCCAACUCUGUCAGACUCUGUCAUCUCCCUCUUGGCGUUACCUCCUUUUAUUGUCUCUUAAGGCACUUAGAAACAUGUGUGCUGGGGAGAUAAGAAAUCAAAAUGCCUUUCUUGAACAAAGAGGAGUUGAAACAGUCAUGGAUGUUAUUACCUCAGUAGGACUUACUAUUGAUCCUGAUUGUGAGAUUAUCCGAGUGGGGCUGCAACUUCUGGGAAACUACUCAGUAGCUGGGAGAGAACAUCAAUGUGAUGUGUGGUACCAAAUGUUUCCUCAUAGAUUCUUGAAGAUUGCUAGAGUUAGAAGCAGAGAAAUAUGUGAUCCUCUAUGUAUGGCCAUUUACACUUGCUGUGAAGGUACUGAUGGACUGCUAACAGAGUUAAGUUCGGAGCAAGGGUUGCCGAUUCUUAAAGAAAUCAUAUGUACUUCAUCAGCCGUUGGUCUCAGAGAAGAUUGGUUGAAGUUGCUUCUUUCAAAAAUUUGCAUCGAAGGCUCCUACUUUUCCUCAAUUUUCUUCAAGUUACAUUCACAUCCUUGUGUUAAGAACAAUGAUAUUGUUACACACUUAGCUUACCAAUUUGUUAGUGAGCAAGCUCAUCUGUUGAGUAUCCUCUCAGAAAUCUUGAAUGAGCAAUUAGAGCAUAUUGUUGUUUCACAUGUUUUUGCUUUAAGUAUCUUCGGGAUAUUUAAGAGUUCUGCAGUGGUUGUUGACUUUUCAAACAGAGGGAAAGAUGAUCUUCCGACGGGGUCUGCUCCUAUUGAUGUUCUAGGAUACUCACUCGUGAUCUUGAGAGAUAUUUGCGCUUGUGGUCACCUGACAAGCUCUAGGGAGGAAGGUCCAAAGGAUGUCGUGGAUAUAUUAGUUUCCUCUGGGCUUAUUGAACUUCUUCUGGACUUACUUCGAAAUCUUGAACCUCCAACGACAAUUAGGAAAUCAAUGACACAGGAUCAGAUCAAGGAGGCAACAUCAUCUUCGUCAUUGAGGUGUUGUCCUUACAAAGGUUUCCGGAGAGAUAUUGUUGCCAUCCUUGGAAACUGUGCUUAUAGUAGAAGGCACGUCCAAGAUGAGAUUAGAGAUAAAAAUGGGAUCCUUUUACUGCUACAACAGUGUGUUACAGAUGAUGAUAAUCCUUUCUUAAGGGAGUGGGGAAUCUGGUGUGUGCGAAACCUAUUGGAAGGAAAUGCAGAAAACCAAGGGGCUGUUGCUGAUUUAGAGCUUCAAGGAACUGCAGAUGUUCCGGAACUUGCUCGACUUGGGCUUCAAGUAGAAGUUGACCCCAAAACUAGACGUGCAAAGCUAGUAAAUGUCGCGUGAUAUGUGAAGAGAUGAAAGUGAGAAUCGUUAAACUCGGGAGUUGGCAAACUGAUUGACAUGUUCAGGGAUGUGCCAUUACAAUGUGUGACUUCAUUUUAUGUUAUGUUGCCUAGUCAUAGAAGAAGAAAAAUCAAUACAAAAUGUCUUUCUGGAGGAUUUUUAAUUUAUUGAUGUGUAUUAGUAGCCAAUAUAGAACCAAAAGAUCUAUGCCUAGAGUGUAGAAUGCUUAUGAGGAUUACAACAACAACAACAACAACCCAGUGUAAUCCCACAAGUGGGGUCUGGGGAGGGUAAUAUGUACGCAGACCUUACCUCUACCCCGAGGGGCAGAGAGGCUGUUUCCAGGAGACCCUCGGCUCAAAGAGGAGAAUGCUUAUGAGGAUUGAUUAUUAAAUUUAUCGCCAGGUCAAAUUUGUGAGUGUUUCCAGUUGUGCUUUUUGACUGAAAGGAUAUUCGUGCAUUGUCCAUUGUAUCAGUAAGCAUGAAGUAAGUCUCAGUCAGGUAUUAACAUUUUAUCUUGUGGUUAAUACAGCUACUAGUCUGGGAAAUUAAUGUUGUCUAUCGUUACAGAUGUGCUGAUACCAUUUCUUUCAUGCUGCAUACGUAUAGGGAGAAAUAGUUGACUUGGCCUCUAAUGUUUUCUUUAGUUUUUUUUUUUAGGUUUCAUUUUCUUUUGAAAUAGAUUAUAUAGUGUCUUUACAUAAAUUGAUUUCAAAAUUUUCUUGUUACUGUGGUGUAUGACUUAAACAUAUCCAUGCAUUAGUCAGGUAACAACCUUCUUAUACUGUGGUUGAUACAGUUACAUGCCUGGAAAAUAGAAGUGUCCAUUGUUACAGAUGUGUUGAUUCCUUUUAAGCUCACAUUUGUUCCAUUUGGACUCUACGUAUGUUAUCGAGUUGUAUCAUGUUAAGCUUAUAUAGUGUCUUUACGUAAUCCGAUUUCAAAAUUUUCUUUUUA